AUGUCUCACCACAGCAACGACAGCCAAGUGACCCUCGUCAACAAGGACGCAAAUCAAGAGCCACCCAGCCAAUCGAAGGCGCCGAAAAAGAAGUCGCUAUACCAGCGCUUGACCGGCUCCCGGUCCGGCGAGAUCUCGGAGGAGGAUAUGCUGAAGUACACGGGGAAGAGCAAGGAGGAGUUGAAGGAGUGGGCCAAGGAUCGGCCUGAUGUUGGAAAGAACCAGGAGGCGGGGAGGGUGGACCACUUGCGCAUGUUCCAACAACAGUCCAAGUUCUCAACUCCCAUUCUUCACACCAGCUUCCGCACCAUCUACGCUCUUUCGUUUCAUCAAGCUUGCUUUGCGACAUUGACCAUGGGCUCAAACGCGCCUAAGAACCUGGCCCUGAGGCUCCCGGCCUUUGGCACACCGUUGGAAAAGAUCGAACUUCCCAUUCCCGAAGCGACCACCGGCACCGUCGUCACUCGCGUUCUGGCUGCGCCAGUCGUUCCCUACACGCAUCUCGCCCACGACGGGAAACUCCCACAAUUGAACCUAGAACCACCCUUGAUCCCAAACUCAGCCGGUAUCGGGCGCGUGCACGCAGUCGGCCCCGAUGCAGUGCGACUCAAGCCCGGCGAUCUUGUAUACGUCAAAGCCCAGGUCCAGGCCAGAGAUGACCCUAACACCAAGAUCGUCAUCGGGCACAUCGGGGGUAGUGGGCCUCGGGCGAAGAAGCUGAUGCAGGGCGAAUGGAAAGACGGCGCUUUCCAACAAUACCAGAAGGUGCCGCUGGAGAACUGCUAUCUCCUCAAUGAGAAUCGGCUGUGUAGAGAGUUGGGGUAUGAUGCAGCUGUGCUCCAGUCUCUCACGAUGUACGCUAUCUCGGCUGGCGCAAUCAUCGAGGCGGCGAACCUCAAGCCCGCAGAAACCAUUGUGAUAGGCCCAUCUGGAGGUACUUUUGGUGGACUGGCCGUUGAAAUUGCUCUUGCUCUUGGUGCGAAUGUUAUUGCUCUCGGCAGGAAUAACGAGAAGCUUGCGGCAAUGCAGAAGACGAUCAACCAUCCGAGGCUGCAGUACGUUGUCAUGAGCGGCGAUGAUGAGGUUGAUCGGAAGGCAGUCAUUGAAAAGACGCCAGACGCGGCCGGGGCGGAGGUCUACAAUGACUGGACCCCAGGUGAGUUACCUGGUCCGCUGUACCUCUCCGCUGCAUCAAGUGUACUCAAGUGUGAGGGCCGUAUCGUUCUGAGCGGUGGCACCAUGGGUGGCCUUGGGGGCAUCAACUACGCAGAGGCUGUCUACAAGGACCUGCAGAUUCUUGCGAAGUGGGUGUGUCAUCGCAAGACACUGGAACAGCUCAUCAACAUGAUUACACAGGGGCAGCUCAAGAUUGGCGCUGAGAGUGGCACGAUCACGAAGAGCUUUACGUUGGAUGAGGUUGAGGAGGCAAAGGAAUAUGCGAAGAGAUACGGUGGCUGGAGGCAUUACGCAGUCAUGAGCCCUUAG